AUGUCUACCCCACCCGCGGAAGAGGCGUUGCAUCAGCUGCAACGAGAACAGUCUAAGCUACUAGAUGGCAUCGACGAGUUACGAGCGAUUGGAGUUGGCAGCCUCGUGGAACUUCCUCAGCUGGUGGUCUGCGGUAACCAGUCAAGUGGAAAGAGUUCCGUCCUUGAAGCUAUCUCCAGAGUUAGAUUCCCAGCGAAAAGCAACAUCUGUACGAGAUUCGCGACCGAAGUGAUCCUGCGUCGGAGCCCAACACCCACAAUCAAGAUCUCCAUUGAACCGGGGCCAUCGCGUAAGGAUGCACGAGAACGAGCAAUUCUGCAGGAGUUUGCACAGGAGCUUUCCCCAGCCGAUAAUGAUUUACCAACCGUCAUCGAGAAGGCCAAAGGCUACACGGGCGUAAAUGAAACAGCGAAUUCUGGAUUUAGUGAUGAUGUUCUCAAGGUCGAGAUUCUGGGACCCGAUAAGCCAGAAUUGACCUUGGUGGACUUGCCUGGCCUUUAUUACUCUGUGAGCCAGGACCAGAGCCUGCAAGGAAUCAGGGUUGUCCGAACCUUGACGGAAAAGUAUAUGAAGAAUAAAAGAAGCAUCAUCCUUGCAGUCAUCAGCGCAAAGGCCGACUACCAUCUCCAAGAGGUUCUGAACAUUGCUGAACGGUUUGAUCCAAAGCGGGAGCGCACGCUCGGAAUCAUCACGCAACCGGAUACUCUUGAACCCGACUCAGAGGAGGAGAAGACGUAUCUCCAGUUUGUCUCUAAUGAAAAGAUUCGAUUGCAGUUAGGAUGGCACGUUCUGCGCAAUCGCUCCUUUGAAACAAGGGAUAUACCGGAUGACGCCCGCGAUGCAAGAGAGAAGGAAUUCUUCAGCCAGGGCCGAUGGUCAUCUCUAUCCCGGAACAGUGUCGGAAUCGAGAGUCUCCGGCGGCGCCUCAGCAGUAUUCUGUUUCUUCAAAUUCGUGGUAACCUCCCCGGGCUUUUAGCCGACAUCAAAGAAAAGGCUGCUGAUCGGGAGAAGGCGCUCUCAAAGCUGGGCUCCCCACGCACCACCCGACAACAGCAAAGGGGAUAUCUCCUCAACAUCAGCACCAGCUUUGAGCGCAUCACAGGGCAAGCGUUGCACGGGCUUUAUGCCGACGAGUUCUUUGGUGCGUUUGAGAGUAUAAGUGAUAUUCACGAUUUCCGGCGGCUCCGGGCUGUCAUCAGGCAGUUGAAUGAAUACUUCGCUGACGCCAUGGCCGCUCGAGGGUCCCGGCGGAUUAUCGUGGAUUGUUUUCCUGGGUUCGGUCAGGAAUCCACGCCACUCGACUUGAAAAAUCCUUACUUAUCUGGAAAGUUACCACAUUAUGUCCUUCGGAAAAGUCUGGAAGAGGAGGUCGCCGAACAGGCCCGGAAAAACAGAGGAAUCGAGCUGCCAGGCAGCGCCAACCAGCUCCUCGUUGGUAGCCUGUUUCGCGAUCAGUCCCUUCCAUGGGAAGGACUUGCCAAAGAGCAUCUCAUGAAGACCUGGGAAUCAGUGCGGUAUUUUGCGUUACUUGUGAUGCAGCACACAGCCGACGAUCAUACAUUCUCCUUGCUGGCUGGAUCGAUUAUUGAGCCUGCAUUGGACAAGCUGAGGCAAAACUUGCUGGCCAAGCUCGAUGAGCUGACUGCAUACACGAAACGGGGCCACCCGCUGCCCGUGGGCAAGAGCUUCCUCACACAGAUUCAAAAGGCGCGAAGUGAACGGCAGUUAUCUUCGUUGAAGACGAAGCUCAAAUCUAGUAUUAGCUAUAAGCCUGAGGGGGAAGCGCUAUUCUCGAUGAAAGCAAUCGAAGAAGCAACUUCCAACCUGGAAAUGCACCGCGAUGAAUAUGCGGCGGCUGAUAUCAUCGACCAAAUGCAAGCAUAUUAUGAUACUGCUAUAGUGACCUUCGUCGACAACAUCGCAACUCUGGGCAUUGAAAAUUGUCUUCUUGACCCUCUACAGCGGAUUCUGACUAGCCAGGUAAUUAACAAUAUGCACGAUGACCAGGUCCGAGAACUAGCCUCCGAACCAUCCUUUACUAGCGACGAGAGAGACCGUUUGGCCAGCGAGGUCGAGAAAUUGCAGGCUGGCCUCCGCACUCUGAGGACCUUCAACAUCCAAAAGCCUUCAUUGAGUGGCCCACCUUCAAUUGAAAAGCUGGAAAAUCCACGAAUUGGCUUCCAGGAGAUUCGCCCGCCAGUCACAGCGGCAAAAUCGAAGACUCAGUCGUCACUGUUUCCAAGUCCGCAAGAAGUGAAGACUCCUAAAUCACAAGCUACCAAGCCCCUUUACGGAGGCUUAACCCCAAGUGCCUUUAGUUUCACAACCCCGCAAACCCCGUCUUCGAAGGGCCUCGAAAACCCGCCCUUAAAAAGCGCGAUAAACCCGCCCAAGGCGACUUUGUCAACCAACUUCGACUUCGUGACCAAGAAGCCCAGGGUAAGACUGCCCCCCACUGCUGAGAAUAAUGAAAAGGGCGGGGAGAAAGCCAAGGUGCCACCACCGGACCAAACCAGCCUGUUCUCCGGAAUCUUCAUCCCAGAUAAUAGCAAUCAGUGA